AUGAUUUUGAUUGGUAUUUGGCGAGGAUAUUUCAUAAACUCGGUUAUGUUGAUUGAUGCUUUAGCAACAGAGAAGCGUCGGGCUGAAGUUGAGACGCUGAAGAUUGAAGAAGAACGGAAUCGACUGAAGCUCCAACUUUGUGAAAGGACUCGUCGUGGUUCGAGUGCCGAGAGCGAAGACGAAGAUCUUAAGAAAAAGGUUGAGUUUCUGUUCAGCUCGCACAGUUUCUGUUCAGGUAUCCACGAUGAUGAUACCGAAUGUUGUGAAUUUCAUAAAUGA